AUCAUCUUCCCCUACUUGUUGUAUCACGUGUUCAUAGCGAAGAAGAGAUCUUAUCAGCUCAUCAAGAGGCAGAUUUUAUCUGGUGAAGAUCGGAGGAUGAUUCAGAGCAACCUGUCCAAAAGAGUUAGAAGUCAUGGUUUGUUUACUUGGCAGUAAUUAGCUUUGUGAAGACCGGAGCUCUGAUACCAAUUGUAAACUCAUUU